UUAGGACCUCAACGAGAUAGAGUAUGGAGUGCCCUGACAAACAACAGCCCCCCAGUUCCUCAGAAAAUGAUUUAGUGUCAUCGACUUCAACAUCCGAAGUAACAAGCCUCCAAGAUUUCCAAGCUCCUGUUGACCCCCGAGCUGGAACUGCUGACGACCUCAGCGCCCCAACAGCCCACGAUCAAAGCACCCAAACUCCUGCCGAUUGUGGCGCCCAAACUGAUGGCGCCCAAACAGAUGGCGCCACCGGCACCCAGGCUGCUGCCAAAACCCCUCUGGAAAACUUACCAGAAGAGAAAGAGAUGAGUAAAAGCCAGGAUGAACCUCCUCACGAACUUGAGAACCAGUUUAUACUGCGUCUGCCUCUGGAACAUGCUUCUACUGUCAGGAAGAUGGUACAUUCUGGAAGAGCCAUGAAGGAUAAACUAAAAAUUGACUUAUCUUCCGACGGACGUCAUGCAGUUGUUGAGGUGGAAAAUGUCCCACUAGCUGCUAAGCUGGUUGAUUUGCCUUGUGUUAUUGGAAGCCUGAAAACUCUGGAUAAAAAAACUUUUUACAAAACAGCAGAUAUUUCCCAGAUGCUUGUGUGCACUGCUGCUGGUGGUGUUCACGCUCCUCCUGAAGAACCAGUUACCUCUACUGAUGUUACAGCAAUCAGGAAAAAUGAAAAACAGAGACAGAAAAAAUAUAUCUGGAAGCAUGGCAUUACUCCACCACUUAAGAAUGUCAAAAAGAAAAGGUUCCGAAAAACAACAAAAAAGCACAUUGAUUUCAAACAAAUCGAAGAAAUCAGCUUUACUGAGGAAAAGGGCAUUCCUGCAAAACACAGGGUGUUAAAUGACAUUCCUGGUAUUCCCCCUUCCCCUCCUACUUUGGUUCAGUAUAUUGAAUCUCCCGAUGUGGAAAAGGAAGUGAAAAGAUUGCUGUGUUCAGAUGCUGAAGCCGUCAGUGCCCGAUGGGAGGUCAUUGCUGAAGGUGAAACCAAAGAAAUAGAGAGUCAAGGCUCCAUUCCAAGCUUUGGGAUAGCCUCAGGAAUGAGUGGCUAUAAGCAGGGUCCUAUCUCACCAGAAUAUAAUGUGCUUCGGGAAGUGUUCAGUGAGUCUAGCAGUAACAGUGAUAAUGAUGAGGAUGAGGAUGAGGAUGAUGAAGAGGAGGAGGAUGACUAUGAUGAUGUGGAUGAUGAGGAGGAAGAAGAGGAAGAUUAUUUUGAAGAGGAUCCAGAAAGGGAGCUACAGGCCAAGUUCAUUGAAUCUGGCCAGUAUGAAGCAAAGGAAGGAACCAGUUCAGUGGUCAUGGAAAUUCAGAAGCGGACUCAUUACGUGGAGAAAAAGCUGCAACAGAUUCGGUGCAAAGCACAAAGACAAAAGGAUCUCAUCAAGAAAGUGGAAAACCUGACGCUCAAGAGUCAUUUUCAGUCUGUGCUGGAGCAGCUUAAAUUACAGGAAAAACAAAAAAGUGAGCAGCUUAUUUCUCUACGGGAACAACUAAACUAUUUUCUGGAGAAGUGAGGAGAGCCUUCAGCCUGGCGCAUAAAUCCUGGAUUCACCAUCCAGACUGAAGACAAGAUGAAAUUGUUUCUGCUGCUUCUCCUUUCAUUGCCUUAUAUUGAAUCAUUUGUAUUUGUUUCUCUGAACCUUUUUUGCUAGUUAUAUUGAAAGUUUGUAGCCAUGUAGAAAGGUACAGAAUAUAAAAAAGUAGUAGACCUAAAGACCCAACUCAUCUAUAGGACUUUGCUUCUCUUUAUCAAUUUGAGAAUUACUUAUAUUUCAUCUGUCCUGUGGUGCCAUCAAAUGAUUCAGCCUUGCUUACCAAAGUCAGACCUUCUAGCCUGAAGGCUAUAUAGCUAGUUUGCAUACAUUUUAGCUUUUUCUUCUUCUGUUUGUUUAAAAUAGUUCCUAAAAUGCAGAACAAAUCAAGCCAUUUCUACCAAGGGCUAGGACCUGCCACAGUGAAUUUAAGUGCCUACCUGGCAAUAGCCGAUACUAGAUUGUGUUCUGUCUCUGUUCAGGCAUUAGAGGCUGAUUUCCUGCUGCUGCUGUCUUUGUUCCAUUGUUGUGUUUUUAGGAUGGUGUCUAGCUGUUAUUUGGCAGCUCUGGGAAUAGUUAAAGCAGAGAUGAAAUUCUGAGCUCUUAUCCUUUUUCUGAGCCUCUUCAUUCUAACCUCAUCAGAAAAGGUUAGGAAAAAACAGAUACCUCUUAUGCCUGUGAAAACCUCCUUAAAAACCCUGGGCUGGUUGGGGUUUUUUUCAUCUGUAUUAAGAUUUUCUAGAUUGUAUUCUUUAAGCAAUAAAUAAAUUCCUUAUCUUAAGUGGA